AUGCUCGCGCACCCGCUCUACCAGACACCCGCCGCCACGCGCACCGCACCCACUCCGCCGCCUCCAGAUGAGCUGCCCAAGACAACCAAGGAGGAGGCGCUGGCCAAGGGUCGCAUCGUGUUCGGGUCACGCCUGGCCGGGCCGACGGAGCGCAAGGAGAAGCGCGACCGGGCGAGCAAGAUGAUCGCGGGAGUGCAGGUCCCACCCAAACCGGAAGAGCCUGAUAAUUGCUGCAUGUCCGGUUGCGUAAACUGCGUUUGGGACGUCUACGGUGAAGAGCUGGAAGAGUGGGCACAGGCCAGCGCCGAGGCGAAGGCGAGAAUCAGGGCGCAACAGACAGAGAAAAGACUUAAAGGGCAAGGCACGGGUGGUAUGGUGGCAGCGGAGGGGACACCGGCGCAUGUUGCGAGCUCCAUGGACGAUGACGGCGGCGGAAGCGAAACGAAUUGGAGCAUCGACUUGGAAGAAUUGGGCGGCUUGGACGAUACACAGCCCGAGAGGCCAACAGAAGAAGAGCUGUGGAAGAAUAUUCCCGUCGGUAUCAGGGAGUUCAUGAAGACAGAGAAGAGGCUGAAGGAGCAACACGCUCACGAAGAAGCGCACGUUUGA